AUGUGGGUCCUUCUGCUGGUCCUCCUUGGGGCAGCCUGGGUGUUUUUUGUGGGAGCAGGACUGUGGGUCGUCUGCAGCCACUUCUUCACUGUAGACAUCCCUGCAGCCAUCAGCCACCCUGGGAGACUGCGGGCUCUGCACUGCCUCUUCCAGCUGUUGGUGACCUGGGGGAUGAUUUUUGAGAAAUUGGGAAUCUGCUCUAUGCCCCAAUUUAUCUCCUUUGUAUACGAUCUAAUGCCGGUCAAGCAGGAUCCAGACGUUGUAAUCAAGGACCUCCGCUUUGGGACUAUCCCAGUGAAGUUGUACCAGCCCAAGAUGUCCUCCUGCACUCCCCGGCGGGGUGUCCUGUUCUUCCAUGGUGGUGGGGCCAUCGUAGGGAGCCUGAGAAAUUACCAACAAAUAUGCUGUCGUUUGUCCAAAGAGAGUGACUCCGUGGUUGUAGCAGUUGGAUACCGCAAGGCACCCAAGCAUAGGUUUCCAACGCCAAUGAGAGACUGCCUUGUGGCCACCGUCCACUUCCUCAGGUCCCUGGAUUUGUAUGGGGUGGAUCCAGCCCGGGUUGUAGUCUGUGGUGACAGUGCUGGUGGGGGAAUGGCAGCAGUAAUGUGUCAAAAACUUAUAAACAGGUCAGAUCUCCCCAAAAUCCGCGCUCAGAUUCUCAUCUAUGCUGUUACCCAAAUGAUGGAUUUUCAACUCCCAUCCUACCAGCAGAAUGCAAACAUUCCCCUGCUCAGCAGGAAUUUUGUCUUCCACUGUUUACGGUAUUACAUGGACAUCCACCCCUCCUGGAACAGCAUAAUUAUGAAACGUGCCCACUUGCCUGUGGAAGUGUGGGAGAAGUACAGAAAGUGGCUGGGCUCAGAAAACAUCCCAGAGAGAUUUAAGAAGAGAGGCUACCAGGAAGUUCCCCUCGUGCCCCAUAAUGAGGAUGCUUACCUGGAGACAAACCACACUGUGGAUUUGAUGAACUCGCCCCUGAUUGCAGAAGAUGAAGUAGUGUCUCAGCUCCCAGAAGCUUGCAUUGUGAGCUGUGAGUAUGACGCUCUCCGGGACGAUUCGCUGCUGUACAAGAAGAGACUGGAGGACCUGGGAGUCCCUGUGACUUGGCACCACAUGGAGGAUGGUUUUCACGGAGUGCUCAGCAUGCUCGGCAUGUUCUACUUUCAGUUCCCGUGCUCCACGCAGGUUCUAAACCUCAUGGUCCACUUUCUAAAGGGGUUGUGAUCAUCUUUCCUUCCCAUGAGGGCUAUGAGAGGAUGGGUCCCACCAUUAUCCAGUUUCCUAUAGAGCUCU